AUGCGUGGUGUGUUGCAGGAUCGUCUUAUCCACCAAUGCCUCGACAUCGUUUUACAGCCAGCUGAACAUGGUAUCAUAUUGUCUGACCCCAUUGGACGUAGUUGUUAUUGCUUUACUACCCUCACAAGUUAUAUUGUCGAUACGCCUGAAGCAAUGAUGCUCUCGACUGUUGGGGGGAAAACAUCUCCCAUGACGAUGACGAUGUAUAAGCAGUUUGGAGAUAGUUACCGGCAUGAACCUCAAACAAGAUUGACAACUCUUGCCCAGCUUGCUGUUGUAUGCUCACGCACUGAUUCAAACGAUCUUGAGGCAUAUUUCUGUGAAGCCCAGAAAUUUCGCCUGAACGGUGUUGACAAGCCAUUCUGGAGUGACUGGAUAUUUGCAGAUCCUUGCUAUUUUCUUACCCCCGAAACGCUUCAUCACAUCCAUAAAGAGUUUUACGACCAUGAUGCCCAAUGGCUCAUUGUAUCCGUCGGAGAGUCUGAAAUCAAUUUCCGCUUCUCUGUUCUACAGCCCAUCACUGGUUUUCGACACUUUCGUGAAGGGAUCUCGAAGUUGAAACAGGUCACUGGUCGUUGUCACCGUGACAUCCAGCGAUCUAUUAUUGCCCUUAGUGCAGAUGCAGUGCCCCCCGGUGUCCUCGCUGCAGUACGCGCUGUAGAAACAACAAUACAGAGAGGAACAAAUGAUGCUCCUGACUGUAUCUAA